AUGUCGUCUUCUUACGCUAUGAAGUCAAUGGGCGCCAAAGCCUUCAAUCAUUCCACUUCCAAUGACGCUGAAGCCGAAUACGAUCGACUACGUGACCUCGCUCACAAAGAAGCCUCGAAGCGCUCUCAAUGUUUCGAUCAGGCGCAUCAAGCCUACACAUCUGGCGAUGGAGCCAAAGCUCACGACCUGAGUGCCGAAGGAAAGAAACACGCGGCGCAAAUGGACACAUAUAAUAAACAAGCUUCGGACUACAUAUUCCGAGAGAACAAUGCCACAGGCAGAGUAGGAGACGAUGAAAUCGAUUUGCACGGCCAAUAUGUUGAAGAAGCGGAACGUAUUGUGGAAGAGAGAAUCAGAUAUGCGCGACAACAGGGUCAAUCGCAUCUACACGUUAUAGUGGGAAAGGGCAAUCAUAGCAAGGAUCAUGUGCAGAAGAUCAAGCCGAAGGUGGAGGAGAUUUGUAGGGAGCUGGGUUUGCAGUAUGCGACGGAAGAGAAUGCGGGGAGGAUGUAUAUCAAUCUUCAAGGCGGUGCUGCUGUUAUUCCACCAAGUGGAGGGAGUCAUGGAGGGGGGCAACAACAUCAUGGUGGUCAGCAACAGGGGGGACAUCAACAACCAUCUUAUCAGCAGCCUCAGCAAGGGUAUCAACAGCCUCAACAGAGUGGGCAUCAACAAGGAGGAUAUCAGCAGGGUGGUCAACAACAGCAGCAACCGCAACAACAGAACAACAACGACAACAAUAAUGACGAAUUGGAGAAAUUGGCUCGGAAGUUUCUCCCAAGAAUAUUACGGAAAGCAGAAAAGGCUUGCUGCGCAUCCCUUCAACUUCCCGUCGCAGAUAGGAACUGCGGCUCAGUUAUCCGAUACAGGAUUAUUGCGCAUGGAGCCUUCACAUGGGAUCGUGGGCGGGGCCUCCGCUUCCAGUCCAACCACAAGCGUUCGGCCAGGUACAGGAGGGGCGUCAAUAAACGCAGCAGGAGUGGUGCAGGUUUCGACAGCAGUCCUGGAACUGGAAACGAACAAGAAGAUGAGGAGGCAGAGAGAAGAAGACAGCCAGGUGUAAAGAGAGCUUGUAACGAAUGUCGUCAACAGAAACUUCGAUGCGAUGUCGUCCAAGACCCAUUCACCACCUGCUCUCGGUGUCUUCGAUUAAAGCUCGAUUGUAAGAUUGAGACGAACUUUAAACGAGUUGGCAAACGAAGCAAACAUGUGGAAAUGGAGAAGCAAAUUGAAAGACUUCAACGAACAGUAACUCGUGCUCAGCAAGCAGGUCUCAUUCCCGAUGAAGAAGACGAACAAUCUCCAAUUGCGAAUAGCGUAUAUCAACAUUCGAGAAAUCAAUCAUACAUAGGAUCGGAAGAAGCUGUAUCAUCAUUACUUCAUCUCAAGCAAGGAGGUUCUUACAAUUUACCACAAUAUGCGCGACAAAUUGAGAAUGUGGGCUUGACGGAGGAUGCCAUUAAUCAUCUGUUCAACGAAUUUUUCGUUUGGUACCACCCAUACCUUCCGUUUCUUAGCACGGAACAAGCCUCCGCCCAAUACUACCAACAAGACCCUCUGCUUUUCUGGGUCAUCAUUACUGUCGCGGCACGUCGAUAUUCUGCAGACCCUAAUUUGUUGACCAACCUUCAGGGCCCUGUCACCAGGCUAUUGUGGGCGAAGGUGGGUGAGGUGCCUAACAAUUACCAUAUUGUUAAAGCAUUGAUUCUGUUAUGUACUUGGCCAUUGCCUAUAAGUACAACCUCGUCGGAUAUCACGCAUAUAUUAUGUGGUGUAAUGAUGAAAGCUGCCACCGGCAUUGGACUUCAUCGACCAAAUCAUACUCAAGAUUUCUCCCGAGUAUCUGUUGAUCUCAACAGAGAGCAGUUGCAUGAUAGAGUAGUAACGUGGGCGGUCUGCAAUAUUGUAGCACAGAGUACUGCCACUGGAUAUGGGCAACCGGCGUCAACGUUAUAUGAUUGGACGCUUGCAAUACGACCUGGAGAAGAGGGACCCUUUACGAUUUCGCCAGAGCUUUCAAGUCGCCUUACAAUCGAGAGAUUUUGCGAUAAAGUCUCGAAAGAAAUGUACAGCAACGCUAACGAUCCUAGGGGUGUUGCUGGUGAUGAGAACAGAGCUUUAUUGACUCGGGUAUAUCGCCGGGAAUAUGAAGAGAUUCGGGUAGCAAUCCUCUCGAGACAAAGUUUGUCACCAAUUGUUGAUCUUCACCUUCGUGCUGCUGGAUUGCAUCUUCGCCUCUCGGCUUUCUUUGAUUCGAGUACCACACAUGGAUACUUGGACGAUUUGAUGGGCUUAUCGCGAGCUACUACUCAGUUUUUAGAUCUUGUUUUCGAGCUUGAGACUCCCUCGGCCGACAAUGUUACUGGUGGUAUCCUUCGCUUUGCCACAGGCUACAUAUUGCAAAUGAUCAUUGCUGCUUGUUUUUCAUUACUCAAGCUACUUAGUUCAUUCUUCGCCAAGAUCAUGGAUUUUAAUCGUGGCCGUCAAUUGUUCCAUCGUACCAUUUCAGCCAUCAGAACCAUGAGCAUCAUGAACAAUGACUUACCUUGGAGACUCGCUGAACUCAUGGUCCAGAUGUACAAUGGAGCUCGAGUCGAACAGCGGCAAAUAGCCCAAAUGGAAAAUGGCAACGAAGUGGAUCCCUGCUCCGUUGUCAUAGAUGACAGUCUGCAAUUGAAAGUCAGAUGCAGGAUGAGCAUGAGCCUGGUAUUUGAUUCGAUAUGGAGAUGGAGAGAGGAAUUCCAGACUCAGGGUCGAAGUAUUGAAGCAGCGUUGCGAAAUCCGACCAAUCCUGAUAGUGCCAACGAAUCUUCUGCCUCGUCGACUCACCUGGAUAGCAAUCUUCUUCCAUCUCAUCAGAUACAGAAUCACCUCCUCGUUGCAGCUGACGCCGUUGCUCCCAACGAUGCCAUGAUUGGUGCUAACAGCAUGCUUGGCGGAAAUUUCAAUCAUAACGAAACGAAUUACGAAGUUUUCGAUCCGUUAAAUUGGAUGCUGGAUGGAUUGGUCGAUUUUCCCUACAGCUACAAUGCUGUUCAAGGACUUGAAGCCAAUAUUUUAAGUUAA